AUGACGUCAGUGGAAGAAAAAUUGAGGUUGAUCAAGGAGGGUGCUGGUGUAUAUGUAAAUCCUAUCUACUUUAAAAGUUUAGUAUGGAGUUUGAGAUAUUUGACGUCUACUAGGUCAGAUAUCAAUUUUGCUGUUGGUUUGAUAAGCAGGUUCAUGAAAAAUCCACGUCAGUCACUUUUGCAAGUGGCUAAGAGGAUUUUGAGAUAUAUUGGAGUCUUAUGUGAAGAACGGAAGGUCUACGUAGCGUACCUCGGAGAGCACAGUGGAAACAGAAAUCCUGAAGAAAUAGAGGAUCAGCAUCACUCCUAUCUUCGUUCCGUAAAGGGUUCACAAGAAGAGGCUAAAGCCUCCCAUAUUUAUAGCUAUAAGAACGUAAUCAAUGGAUUCUCCGCAUUGCUUACGCCAGAAGAAGCCUCUAAAUUAUCAGAGAUGGAUGGAGUGAUUUCAGUUUUUCGUAGCCAGGCAAGGGAAUUAAGGCCUCAAACAACAAGAUCAUGGGAUUUCACAUACUUACUCGAAGCAAAUGGUGAUCCUAGUCGUGUAAGCGGGGAUGCAUUACUGAAGAGAGCAAACUAUGGGAAAGAUGUUAUUGUUGGAGUCUUUGAUUCUGGUAUAUGGCCGGAAUCACAGAGUUUCAGUGAUGCUGGUAUGGGACCAAUUCCCUCGUCCUGGAAAGGGGUAUGCGAAGCUGGUGAGGCGUUUAAAAGCUCCAACUGUAAUAGGAAAUUAAUCGGAGCAAGGUACUACGCAAAGGAGUAUGAGGCUGUAUAUGGUCCUGUAAAUAGUAAAGUGGACUACCGAUCAGCCAGAGAUAAAGAUGGUCAUGGAACUCAUACAGCAUCAACUGUUGGAGGACGAAGAGUGGCUAAUAUUUCAUCUAUAGGUGGAUUUGCAAACGGUACUGUUACCGGCGGUGCUCCAUUUGUCCGCCUAGCCGCGUACAAAGUUUGUUGGAAACUUCCUAAUGAAACAUCGAAAGACGCUUGCUCUGAUGCUAGCAUAAUCAAGGCAUUUGAUGAUGCCAUUCAAGACGGUGUUCAUGUUAUUAGCGUCUCACUCGGAGGUGACCGAGGCAGGCCAUAUGCAAGCGAUGGCAUUGCAAUUGGAUCGUUGCAUGCUUCAAAGAAUAACAUUGUUGUGGCAUGCAGCGCGGGUAAUAACGGCAGAAAUGGCUCAUCAACGGUGACCAACGUCGCCCCUUGGCUUAUCACAGUGGGUGCUAGUAGCAUAGACCGAAUGUUUCCAUCAACUAUGGUACUUGGAAAUGGCUUAAACAUUCAGGGACAGACGAUAACGCCUUUUAGUCAAAUGAGGAAUCAACCUUUGGUAUAUGCAGGAGAUGUGGAAGUUCCUGGCACCACUUCAUCCAGCACUAGAGGAUAUUGCUUUAAUGGUACACUUUCUCAAAGCCUUGUCCGCGGAAAAGUUGUUAUCUGCCGUUUUGGAGGUGUUAAUCAAUCGGCAGAAGUUAGAAGAGCAGGAGGGGUAGCUGCUGUAUUGGGAAAGCCUCCCACAGAUAUAUUUCAAGUAGAACCACUUUUACACCCUGGACUGACCAUCACUUAUGCUGAUGUAAAUAAUGCAGUCAGUUACACAAGGACUAGUCGAAAUCCGACAGUAACCCUUAAUCCGGGUAAAACUGUUGUUAACGUUUCGCCAGCACCAUUUAUGGCAGUCUUCACCUCCUUAGGUCCAAAUGGAAUCGAUCCGAACAUUCUUAAGCCAGAUAUUACUGCUCCAGGGCUAAACAUACUUGCAGCAUGGAGCGAGGCAUCACCCCCAACAAGCUCCCCUUACGACAAUAGGAUUGUUAAGUACAACAUUAUAUCUGGAACUUCCAUGUCUUGUCCGCAUGUUUCUGCUGUUGCUGCACUAAUCAAAGCUAUACAUCCUGAUUGGAGUAGUGCUGCAAUAAGAUCUGCUAUCAUGACCACAGCUAGAACAACGAACAACGUUGGAAAUCCAAUAACUGAUGCCCGUGGCAACGUAGCAAAUCCCUUUCACUAUGGAUCUGGCCACUUUCAGCCAUCAAAAGCUGCAGAUCCUGGACUUGUUUAUAAUGCUACUUACAACGACUAUCUUCUCUUCCUUUGCUACGCUAGGAGUCCUCUUGUUCCCAACUGCCCAAAUGUCGUGCCUUCACCAAGCAAUCUUAACUAUCCCUCGCUUGCAAUUGCAAACCUCAACAGACCCAUAACAGUGAGGAGAAGUGUUACUAAUGUCGGUACAGCCAACAGCACAUAUCAAGUGACUAUCGAACAGCCUUUGGGAUACUCAGUUAACAUAUUUCCAUCAACUCUACGCUUCAGUCAGAUUGGAGAAAUUAAAAGCUUCAACAUUACAGUUCAAGCAACAAACACAGCACAGAGAAAAGUGUUCGCAUUUGGUUCGUUUACUUGGAGUGAUAGAGUUCACCUAGUCAGAAGCCCCAUUGCCGUAUCAUCAUCUUAG